AUGCCCAUUGCGGCAUGCAGGUACCCCGCGCUGGGGCCUCGCCUCGCCGCUCACUUUCCAGCGCAGCGGCCGCCACAGCGGACACCCCAAAACGGGCUGGCCCUGCAGCGGAGCCUGCACGCAACAGCGGCCCGGGCUCUCCCGCUCAUGCCCAUCGUGGUGGAGCAGAGGGGUCGCGGCGAGCGCGCCUAUGACAUCUACUCGCGGCUGCUGCGGGAGCGCAUCGUGUGCGUCAUGGGCCCGAUCGAUGACAGCGUUGCCAGCCUUGUUAUCGCACAGCUCCUCUUCCUGCAGUCCGAGAGCAACAAGAAGCCCAUCCACAUGUACACCAACAGCCCUGGUGGUGUGGUGACUGCGGGCCUGGCCAUCCACGACACGAUGCAGCACAUCCUCGACCCUAUCUGCACCUGGUCCGUGGGCCAGGGCGCCAGCAUGGGCUCCUGGCUUCUCGCCGCCGGCAGCCCGGGCGUGCGCCACUCGCUCCCCAACUCCCGUAUCAUGAUCCACCAGCCCUCAGGAGGCGCCCGGGGCCAAGCCACAGACAUUGCCAUCCAGGCAGAGGAGAUCAUGAAGCUCAAGAAGCAACUCUAUAACAUCUAUGCCAAGCACACCAAACAGAGCCUGCAGGUGAUCGAGUCCGCCAUGGAGAGGGACCGCUACAUGAGCCCCAUGGAGGCCCAGGAGUUCGGCAUCUUAGACAAGGUUCUGGUCUACUCUCCCCGGGAUGGUGAGGAUGAGCCCACGCUGGUGCAGAAGGAGCCUGUAGAAGCAGCACCAGUGGCAGAACCUGUCCCAGCUAGCACCUGAGAGCUGGUCCUCCUCUCCGGAAUCACAUGGAGGGGCCAGGGGCCAGCCAGACCCCCAGCUGGGCCCUG